CGUUUCGUGCAACAAAUUUGUUUGGCAUUGUGUGUAAACAAAGUCUUUGGUUCAAAUUGCUAUAAUUUGCGUAUAAGUAUAUAUAAAAAGUGAGCCUUAUAGUUUGGGAUGUUAUGUUGUUUUAAAUUAUUUUUGUCCAACAUGUGGAAAUUGGUGCUCCUCUUCCUGGUGUCCCACAGCAUUCUGAGCUGCAAAGGAGAAGUCACUGCAAAAACCAAAUAUACCACAAAAUACGAUAAUGUCGAUAUCGAUGAGGUGGUUCAUAACGAAAGGUUGCUCAAAAACUACGUUAAUUGUUUGUUGGAAAAAGGACCGUGCACUCCUGAUGGAUUAGAACUUAAAAAAAAUAUGCCUGAUGCAAUUGAAACAAAUUGCAGCAAGUGCAGCGAGAAACAAAGAGAAGGAUCAGAAGUAAUGAUGAGAUACCUCAUCGACAACAAACCAGAAUACUGGAAUCCCUUGCAAGAAAAAUACGAUCCGACUGGCAGCUACAAGCAACGUUAUUUCGACAGUAAAAGAGUUGAAGUUGCAGUAGAACCUGUUGACAAAGCAUAAUUUUUGUUGUUUCUAGAUAAUAUGGUAUUACUAUGUAUUAUAAAUAAAAAUCUCAUUAUGCAGCAAACAUUUAUUUAUUACUACCUAUUAGGCUUCAUCAAGAUCUGAAUAAUCUUCAUCUUCAAUAAGAUAUUUAUUCUGGAAGCGGCCUUCAGGAUCAUAUUUUGCCGUUAAUUUAUUCCAGUCGUCCCUGUGUUUGAGUAAGAGAUGUGAAAACACUUUGCCAGCUAUUUUCUUUUGGGCAGGACUACAUUUUGAGCACUCAGUAGCAAUAGCAUCUGGUAAAUAUU